UCGCAAGGCAAGACUCAGCCGGUAAGAGAGAAAUCAAAAGAUCAUCCUUGGGACAGGGAGGAUCUGGUCCAAGUGCGCAGGAACGGUGCGCCAAGAGAAGGGGAAAGCCACGAUCGACGGCCACCUUCGUGGCCACGGCUGGAUUGCGCACACGCGUGCAAUUUCCCGGGAAUCGGGUCUUUCCGGGUCUCCGACACGGUUCUUCCUCGUUCGGCUCACUCGAGUGUCCGACGCGCGACACGGCAACAGGUGACGGGAACAGCUUCGAGAUCAUCGUAGAAUACCAUACACUGUCUCUGUGACCACAAACGUGUGUCACGAUCCACGUUGUGCUCGAAUCGAUCGUCGGGUGAACGAAGAGGUUGACUCGAUUUUUCAUUCGCUCGAUUUUUCUCAUCGUCCCGAUAUCUUCGGUUUCGGUUGGACAGGAAUCGAGGAGAGGAAGAGAAAAAGAGAGAGAGAGCGAAAGAGAAAAGAAACGGAAGGAUUCAACGGGAAAAAAUGAGCGUCGAGGACGCCAUCAACUAUAAGCCUAGCGAGGAGGAGGAUUACUAUGCUCUGCUGUCGUGCGACGAGUCCUCGACGGUGGAACAGAUCACGGCCGAGUACAAGCUGCUCGCUCUCCAAUAUCAUCCCGACAAGAACGAAGGAGACAAAGAAGCCGAACGAAAGUUCCAACAAUUGAAGCACGCGAAGGAGGUUCUCUGUGACCCCGAGCAGAGGAGCAAAUACGACAAAUGGAGGCACAGCGGGAUCGCCAUCAGUUACAAGCAGUGGCUCGGAUUGAAGGACAGCGUGCAUCAGUCGAUGCACUGGAGCACACCGAAGACGAAGGAUCGCAUGCUGCAGGACGGUUCCGGAGAGGGCGCCGGUUCACCGGGCCACAAGUCGACCAACGCCCACAGGAGGGCGUCUGAGGGUGGAGCGAACAUCUACUACGGGGCCCGCCGGGACCUGGGCUGGGACUCGGAGGCGCCCAGCGAGGUGGUGAACAAGUUUCGCAACUACGAGAUCUAGAAAGAUCGUCCAAGUGGCGAUCUCUCCCCGCCCCCCUCCUAGGCGGCCUCGCCGGAGGAGAGGGGAUCUCUGUGCCCACUGUUUUUUCUCCAAGCGUAGUAGAACGAAACGAAGAGGAUUUCGUGCGAUUUUUAUCGGCCGUUAAAAUUCCGAAAAUUCGGUUUGCCGCCAAAACCGUUUUCUUUCGAGUA